AUGCGUGAACGGCGCAAGCUGCAUACCCAAAAAGCGCCCACCGGUGCAAACGGAGCUGCCGUCAGCUGGGCGGCCACCUGGCAGAAACCCGGUGUCGAGAAAUCGAGGUUUCUCAAGAAGAAGUUCAAGAAGUCACAACGCGAAGCUGUGGUGGAGAAAAUGAAAGUGCGCCUGCCGGCGGAAAAUGUGCUCGAAGAGACGCUUUGCGCCCCGGUCGAGCUGACGAAGCGCCUCGAGGAAGUGCGUCUGCUGGAGUCGCGCCGUUCGCUGCGUCUGGCCGUGCAGGAGAAGGACACGGACUUUGCGCGCCUGGCGGACAUGGCCGGCGGCGAUCGCCGACGGCAGUCCAACAGCAUCGAUGUGCCAUUCACGCUAACGCAACAGAACGGAUCUCGCAAACGGCGGCCCUCGUACUCGCAGGACGAUCGAGAGUACUACAGUAUUAACGACGACGAUCCGAUGGACGAGUGUAACGCCGCGCUGGUACUUAUGAGCUUGUCCUGCUCGCCGAACUCCGGCUCGUCCGUACACGGUUACGAAACAAUACUGGGAACCAGCUCGGGCAGCAGCACCACGUCCUGGAGCACCGGAUCGACCUCGCCGCCGCUGAGCGAGGAUGGACAUUCCACACCGCCAACCCAUCACCACCACGAGCUGAGCCACCAUCAUCAUUACCAUCACUCGCACCAUGGCCGGGCCUCGCACCAGGGUGGCGGCGGCGGCGGCGGCGGUGGCGGUGCCACCGGGGGUGAGGUUGUGCGCGGUGCCCGCACCACGUCGCUGUCGACCAGCGACGAAGGCAUCGGCAUGGAGUACAACGAGGACAUGCCCCGGAAGCGUCGGGCCAGUCAGCGUAUCUUCAAGUGCACCUGGAAGGGUUGCGGCGUCAUCUACACCACAUGCUCCGAGAUCACGGCACACGUUAGGAACGCGCAUCUUGGACCCCGCAAACCGAACGAGUACAGCGACGAGGAGGAAUUCUUCUUCACCGACACCGAGGAUGAGAGCGACGGGAGCGCCCCGAAUCCACCCUCGCCGCCGACCCUGAGCCACCGCGAUAUGGCCCGUCCACCGCACGAGGAUCCGGAGUACCAGCGCCAGAUCGUUGGCAACUACCGCCAGGGACUGCUGUCCCAGUCGCAGGCCCUCCAGGCGCAGCAACAGGCUGCCCAGCAGCAGCAGCAGCAGCAGCACCAGACACAGCAACAGCAGCAGGUCGCGGCCAUCAAGCCGCCCCUGCCGGCCGGCCUGACCGUCGCCGCGCUGAGCGGCACCAGCAACGGCACCACCAACGGCGGUGCAACGUCCAACGGUGGCGGCACGAACGGAUCGAGCUCCAGCAGCAACGGUAGCAGCGUGUCGCCCCUAAUGCAUCACAACUACAUCACAACCUGGUCCCAGAUCAGUCCGACAUCGCCGCAGAAGCACGUGCGACUGUCACCUCGGCCGCCGGCAUCGUAUCCGUACCCGUCGCCGAACUAUCAGCAUCACUACCAGGCGCAGGUGGCCCAGCAGCAACAGCAGCAGCAGCAGCACCACCAGCAGCAGCUCGGCCACAUCCAGCUGUCGCCCGGCAGCGGCACCGGUGGCAGUGCCGGCAACGGAAGUACCGCCGCCUACCAGCAGCUGCUGGCCGGAGCCGGCGCCGCCGGCCUUAGUCUCGGCUCGUACAGUGGCAGUGGCUCCGGGUCCGGUGUGACCGGCUCGGCGGCAGCAGCGGCGGCCGCCGCCGGUGGCCCCCAGCAUCGGUCGCCCGUUUCGCCGAACCGGAGGACGCGCGGUGAGAACAAGAAGUGCCGCAAGGUGUACGGGAUGGACCACAAGGACCAGUGGUGCACGCAGUGCAAGUGGAAGAAGGCCUGCAGCCGCUUCGGGGACUGA